GGUUUCUUAUUUCCGUUUGUAGCAUAUUGAGGAUUUAACGCAAGAAAAGUUUUCACUGCAAAGGGAUCUUGAUGCUUCACGUGCUUUGGCAGAAUCCUUAGCAUCUGAAAAUUCUUCGAUGACAGACACUUAUAACCAGCAGCGAAGUAUUGUCAACCAACUAAAAGAUGAUAUGGAGAAGCUAAAUCAACAGAUUCAAGCACAAAUGGGGGAACUUGAAUCUGUCAGGAAUGAAUAUGCAAACGCGCAGCUAGAAUGUAAUGCUGCUGAUGAGCGUUCACAAAUACUGGCUUCUGAAGUCAUCAGUUUGGAAGAUAAGGCUCUCAGACUCAGAUCUAAUGAGUUAAAGCUGGAGAGGGAACUGGAGAGUGCACAAGCUGAAAUGUCAUCUUACAAGAAAAAAUUACAGAGCCUAGAGAAAGAUCGCCAAGACUUGCAAUCUACUAUUAAAGCUCUUCAGGAAGAGAAGAAGGUCCUACAGACUAUGGUGCAGAAAGCUUCCUCUGGUGGAAAAUCCACUGCUCUCGACAAAAGCUCUACAAGCAGUAAAAACGCAUCAACCUCUACAGAAGGCCUAGCAAUCUCAGAUACCAUGACAGGGAGCUCAAAUCAGGAAACAGAUUCUACAGAUCUGCUGGGAAGUGAUUUAUCUAAUACAGCUAUCAUUCAUGAAACUGGACAAUUAACUCUUGAAGGCUUUCCAUUGAGCGUCCCAGCUGAUCAGAUGAGACAGAUCGAGAACAUUAAUACGCUGAUUGCUGAG